UUGUAGUUCAUCUUAAAUAUGUAGAGUGGCGCUUCUCAUUCGUAAACUCAACCUACCCCAGUAUCAGGUGAACGUUUGUUAGUCUUCUCGCAUUGAAUCAUGGGUCGUUGGCUAAAGUUGGGAUUGUGGUAAUGCUGGCAGCCAUCUUGGCGGUUGGAUGGCAGAAACGUCUGUUAUGAUGAGCCAAACUUGAACACUUUCGCAUCGAUUCUUGACGGGGACAACUGGAUUUUCAAGCAGAGAACUCACAAGAGACAAGGACUGUCACCGUAUUUCUUGCUGAGCUUGCAACUCUACCAUCGUAGCAUAUUCCAGACGGAAAAGUUUGGGCCACCGCAAGUCGGUUUGGGCGGAUCUAGAGGAAAGUCGAGUCGCACUUUUUUGAGUCAUCUGGCAUUGAAAAUAGCGGAGCUGUCGGACUCUGACACGAAGUUCCUGUCACGGUUUUACCGGCACUGCAUGGUAACAGAAGGUCAAGACAUGAGACAUGCCGAGUUUUAUCGUAAAAUCUUUAAGUCUCGGGCUGCGGGAACAGAGUUUGUGAGAGGUCCCUCCCCGUCCUGUUCUUCGAUGAGCUGCGUCUGAUUCAAGGGAUCUGGAGUGUGAAGUAAACCGGGGCCAAGUUUCAGCUUCCCGACUUUCCACCAGUUGCGGUUUGUACGAACACAACCUCGGCGAUGGAACUGCAACUGGAUGACCGCCUAGCCCGGCUGGAACAGCGAGUUCGGGACUUGAAGUGCGAGAUAAACAUAGACGGCUUACUGGAUGGAAUUGCGGCUCUUGUCACAGACUGUAAUUUUCCUGCCCUGCGGAAGAACAAGAACGUGGACAAUUUCCUGACCAGAUAUGAAAAAUGGGUUGAAUUUAUCGAAGAGAACCGGCUUAAGGCCGAGGACUUUGACAUGAUCAAGGUCAUUGGAAGAGGAGCCUUUGGUGAAGUUCAACUGGUCCGACACAAGAAGACACAGAAGGUGUACGCCAUGAAGUUGCUGAGUAAGUUUGAGAUGAUCAAGCGGUCGGAGUCAGCCUUCUUCUGGGAGGAGAGAGAUAUUAUGGCACAUGCCAACAGUGAGUGGAUAGUGCAGCUGCACUAUGCCUUCCAAGACCCGAAGUACCUGUACAUGGUGAUGGAGUACAUGCCGGGAGGGGACCUGGUCAACCUGAUGAGUAACUAUGACGUGCCGGAGAAGUGGGCCAAGUUCUACUGUGCAGAGGUGGUGCUGGCUCUGCACGCCAUCCACUCCAUGGGGUUUGUGCACAGGGAUGUCAAGCCAGACAACAUGCUGUUAGAUGCCAGGGGUCACCUGAAGCUGGCUGACUUCGGCACCUGUAUGAAGAUGGAUGAUAAUGGUAUGGUGCGGUCAGACACAGCGGUGGGGACUCCAGACUACAUCUCCCCAGAGGUGCUGAAGUCUCAGGGUGGGGACGGGUACUACGGCAGGGAGUGUGACUGGUGGUCCGUCGGAGUCUUCCUCUAUGAAAUGCUAGUUGGUGACACGCCAUUCUAUGCAGACUCCCUGGUAGGGACGUAUGGCAAGAUCAUGGACCACAAGAACUCCCUGGGCUUCCCCGACGAUGUGGAGAUGUCCAAAGAAGCCAAGAACCUCAUCUGUGCCUUUUUAUCUGACAGAUCUGUCCGACUGGGCAGGAAUGGUGUGGAGGAGAUCAGACGACAUCCGUUCUUCCAGAAUGACCAGUGGACCUGGGAGACCAUCCGGGACAUUGAAGCUCCCUUUAUUCCUGAGCUUGAGAGCGACAUAGAUGCCAGAUAUUUUGAAGAUCCAGAUGCAGUGUACACUUGCACAGGGGAGGUGUGCUACCCCCCAGGGUCCUCCUGGUCCAUCAACGCUGAACCCAGACACAGCACCUCUGACAGCUACUACGACACUGACGAAGUGGAGGAUUUGGGGAUCAACUCUCCUCCCUUUAAAAGUGACCAAGACAUUUCAGUGUAUGAGGAGGAAUGUCCUGCCUUCCAAGAAGGUGACAGGUCCUAUACCAGAAGUUCCAAAGCUAGCAGUAGUGGUUUCUCUGAAGGUUUCCCUCAUAGGACCCAGGCAUCUGAUGCCUCCUCCGGCUUCCCUGGCAAACGCAGGCAGGGCUUGCUUCGGAAGGUUUUCAGAGAUCUCCUGUCACCUCCUGCACCACACCAACCACCACACUCUCACAGCUGCCCACUUGUGGAGUACAUGCGCUCAGAAGUCGCCUCGCCCAGUUCUGACACUCCUGACCGCCGCAAUACCAUAGGUGACAUCCCUGCUUCCAGCGGCUCCGAAGAUGAAGGGUCCAACUCCAGCCUAAGUUUGAGCCAUGGGGACUUAUCUGUUGAUGAAGACCCAGAUGCCACCCCUGUACCCUCCCCAACCAAAGUGGUACAGCCCAUGCCAUUUGCAGAAGUGUUACCAGGAGCAGAAGAUAAAGAAAAGAAAACUGAGGAGGGGGAGGAGGAAGGGGUAGAUGGAGAAGCUGUUCCGCCUGUUGUCCCAGAGCUGAGGGGGGAUGACGACACCAGUAACUUUGACGAUAUCGAGGACGACAAAGGGGAGGAUGAGACCUUCCCCACGCCAAAAAUCUUCGCUGGCAACCACUUGCCUUUCAUCGGUUUUACAUUUAUUAAGGAUAGUCCGUGUUACCUAUAUACCUUGAGUCAAGUGUUUCAGGUUGGUUUGAGACCAGACAAUCGAAUUGAGGAGAUUGAUGGUGGAAGAAUGGUCAAUCAAGUUAGCAGUAGUUCAUCUAAAAAGAAUGAAGAACUUGUCCAGAGAAUACAUGAGCUGGAGGAGCAGCUUAACAUGGAGAUGACUGCCAAGGAUGAGAUGGAGCACAAGUAUAGGAAUACAUCAACAAAGCUAGAGAAAUUGUAUAGAGAAUUAGAUCAAGAGGCAGAGGGUAGGAAGAGGGCUGAAGCCUUAACUCGGGAGAUGGAGAGGAAGACAGCAUUGUCUAAUCAUGACUUAAAGGAGUCUCAGAGAAAAGCUGAACAGGAGAUGGAGAACAGGCGUAAGCUGGAGGGGAUGGUGGAGAACCUGAAGCUGAGGUUAGACGAGGAGAUGAGGAAACAGAACCAGUCCUCAGCCUCAUCACAGUACCUGACGGAGAGAGUCAGCUACCUGGAGAGACAGCUGGAAGAGAUGAAUGAGAAGAGCAGAUCAGAGGCAGAAGUUGCCACUCAGCUGAACAACAAGCUGAAGAAGGUGCAGAAGGACUUCGACAAGGCUGUAGGGAAGGCGGAUGCUGACAAACACGAGCUGCAGGAGAAGCUGCGUCAGUUGGAGUCCACUAGGGUCACCAAGGAGAAGGAGGUCUUCAAACUGCAGGCCCAGCUGGAGGAGGAGAGGCAGAGCCAAUCACAGGCCUCCGAGAUGUCCGCGGAUGUGCAGAAUCGUAACUACAUGCUGCAGGAGGAGCUGUCCAACUCCCAGCAGAACAUCUCCCGGUUAGAACAGGAGAAACGCCAGCUCCAGGAGUCGUACAAUGCUAUGGAAAAGGCUAAGUACAACGUGGAGGUUGAGCUGAACUACAAGCUGAGGCAGCUGCAGACCAAGUUUGAGCAGAUGACGCAGAAGUACGAGCAGGAGGUGCUGGACCACAAGGCCACCAUCGCCUCCUUCUCCGCUGACAAGAAGAAGAUCCUGUCACUAGAGGAGUCCAAGACAGAGGCCAUGAGAGAAGAGGUAGACACUAUUGUUUACACAGCACUCGGCUCAGACUUGGAAGCUUCUCAGGACCAUAUUCCUGAACUCUUAGCUGAGCUUGACAUGCUUGUGUGCCAGCCUGACGACGCAGGGUCGGAACAGUCCGUUCUGCUCUCACAGCUCAAGCAAAGACUGGAAAGGCGGGUGAGUGAGGAGAAGAUGAAGCUGGAGUCCAUACAGAGGAAGCUGGACGAGACGGAACGGGACAAGUCCGAACUGGAGAAGGAGCGCUCCAUGUUGAACUUUGACAUGGAACAGAUGAGGAAGAACCUGGAGGAGCUACAGAACAAACUGGGCUCGAAGGAGGAUGAGAUCAAGACCAUCACCCUUCAGAAGGAACAGGAGUCCCAGAAGCGCCACCUGUCUCAGACGGACGUGAAGAACCUGCAGCAGCAGAUCUCCUCCCUCAAGGUCACGGAGAAGCAGCUCAACCAGGAGCUGGAGGUGCUGCGGACACAGAAGGGGCGCGUUGACAAGGACCUGGACGAGAAGAGAAAGGACCUGAAGAGUAACGAGGCUAACAUGCGUGAGCUCCAGGACCAGCUGGAGGUGGAGCAGUACUUCUCCACUCUCUACAAGACUCAGACCAAAGAACUCAAGGAGGAGGUGGAGGAGAAGGUCAAGCAGUGCAAUGACCUCCAGGAGGAACUCAAGAAAGAGCAGUAUGAGAAGGAGAACCUGUCUGCUCAGGUGCAGCUCAUGGUUGCCAAGGCGGAGUCGGAGCAGCUGGCGCGGUCCAUCGCGGAGGAGCGGUUCUCGGACCUGGACAAGGAGAAGACCAUGAUCGUGCUGGAGCUGAAGGAGAAGGAGGCUCGCCACAAGUCCGAGGUCGGCGAGAAGAGCCAGCAGGUCAAGGAGCUGGAGGACCAGAGCAAGCAGCUGAGCGCCAGCCUGGAGCAGAUGAAGGCGGAGCGUGAUGACAUCAACAACCGUCUGAAGAAGGCAGUGGAGGAUCUGAACAACAAGGACGAGCUGAGCCAGGCGCUGAACGAACAGAAGGCUCACUACGAGAAACAACUGCUCAAGGAGAAGGAGCUCAAGAUCCAGGCCAUCAACAAGCUUGCCCAGAUUGUGAACAGUAAGGAGUACAAGGACAUGGUGUCGGGUAAGAAGAACCGGGUGUCUGCCGACCAGCUGAGGAAGAAGGAGAAGGAGGUGCGGAAGCUGCAGCAGGAGUUGAGCAUGGAGAAGGAGAAGUACGACAACGUGGUGGUCAGGCUGCAGAAGGACCUCAACGAAUUGCAGGCUCAAUUCCAAGAGGAGGUCCAAUGUCGAACAGAGCUGCAGAUGACGUUGGACAGUAAGGACAGCGACAUCGAGCAGCUGCACGCCAAGCUGAGCAUCAUGAGCAGCGACACGGCCAGCGUUAACAGCGGGGAGACCGAUGAUCCGGAGGGAGGUUUCGUCCGAUCCUACCAGUACAAGAAACAUGUUUCUUACAAGUCGUACUCAGCUAAAGUCAUGGUAAAGAAGCCGCGGCCCGAGCCGAUUCAGGAAGGGUCGGCAGAGGAAUCAGAGCCACAGAGGGAGGAUGAUGAUGAAGAAGAAGAAGAUGAGGACGAAGAGGUGAACAGACUGGAAGGUUGGCUGGCCGUUCCCAACAAGCAGAACAUCAAGAGAUACGGGUGGAAGAAGCAGUACGUGGUGGUCAGCACCAGGAAGAUUCUCUUCUACAACGAUGAGAACGACAAGGUGUCAGCUGCACCUUGUCUGGUGCUGGAUUUAGAUAAACUGUUCCAUGUACGACCAGUAACACAAGGUGAUGUCAUCCGAGCUGACGCCAAAGAUAUCCCUAGAAUAUUCCAGAUCUUGUACGCAGGUGAGGGGGAGAGUAAAAAGAUGGACGAGACGCAGCAGGAAAUCCUGCCCCUGCAGGGGGGGCCGGGGGUGACCAUCCACAAGGGCCACGAGUUCGUCCUGGUGCACUUCCACAAGCCCACCACCUGCGAGGUCUGCCCCAAACCCCUGUGGCACAUGUUCAGACCACCCCCUGCGCUGGAGUGUAGAAGAUGUCACAUCAAAUGUCACAAGGACCAUCUUGACAGGCAUGAGGAAACUGUGGCCCCCUGUAAAGUGAACUUUGACAUCCAUGCAGCAAAAGACCUGCUUGUUCUGGCGACCACACCAGAGGAGCAGUCGCUGUGGGUCAACAGGCUGGGCAAGAAGAUCUCCAAACCCCCUAUAGACCCCCGGGAGGGGGGGAUCAGGGCGUCGAUGAGGUCAGUUGGGAGCUCCUCGUCCUUCAGGAGGACAGGCAAAGCUGCAACGCAAAAUGCUGCCAAGAAGCCAGGCAAACCCAGGUCACCAGAGAUGGAGGACAGCCCUACUCCCAGUCCCUCCCCCUCCCCGUUUCUCGAGCCCCCAGGACAAAGCUCUACCCUCCCGCCCGUCCCCCCCAGCCCCAUCCCCAAGGAAGUUUCCAAGGAAACCAAAGAGAGUCAUAGACACUCUUGGCACAAGUUCUUCUCCUGAUAUGCCCUCCAGUUGAUGAGUCAGCCGUAACUGCACCCAUUGGUCAGCCAACAUUUGGCAAAACACUGUUCUGUUUUGAGCACCCCUCAAAGUUCAUCUUGGAGGUAGCUAAACACAUUUUGUUCAGGACACAAAUCAGUUACAGUUUUGUUUCACUCAGGCUAUCUAGUCACUGCCUCUCCCAGCCUUGUUUUGUUUUAGAUUCAGUUACAAUUUGUAAUUGUAAUACAGUAAUUUCACAAGACAAAUUUGUCAGGUAGUCAAAUGUAAUCAUAUCCAUCAUACCACAGCUGCAAUGCCUUCACAGAGGCUGCUAUUGAUUUCGCAAAUCACAAUUCAAAUUAGACAUUAAAAGGCCUUCCUUGCAACUGGAGCUGAUUUGCUGUCUUUCAGUAAUCAAUAAAACAAACAAUUGCAAGCAAUAACUGGACCGUUCUGGAAAACAGAGAUGAUGAUAAACAAACUUAUUCAAAGAUCAAAGAAAGGAAAUACUUUGAGUAUAAAGCAAUUACAUGUAUGUAUGUAUGUAGGUUCUAUAAACAUAGUUUAUGUGCUGGAAAUCAAAGUUUGAGAUAUGUUAGGAGUUUUAGGAGUUAGCUGAAGAAAGAUGUGCGACAGUGGUAUCUACAAUGUAAAGGUCAGAGCAGAGAAGACAAGUAGGCCAAACAAAGAAUUUUGUAAUGUAAAAUCUACAAAUAGAUCUUUUUUACAUGUCUGUAAGGGAAGUAGAGGAAAGGAAAGACAAGAUGGCAAUGUGUACCUGGUACUUUUUUUAAAGAUUAGAUGUACUUAGACUGAGAAAAUCAUAGUUUUGCUGAGAUAACUUGAAGGACAUGGUAUAGAAACAGUUAGUAGAUGAAAGAAAUAGGAUGCAGUCUGUUGAAGUUGUGACAGCGAUAACAAAACGUCUUGGCAAGGCAGAACUUUCCACCAACCGUAUGUUUGAAAGGUAUCUUCUAAAAUUGCUUUCGUUAAAGUUUGAUCCCUUCCCAUGAAACUACUUUGCCAUCUAUCAAAAAGCAUCUCAGAGUGCCCAGCUUUUUUUUUUGUCUUGGUUCUUGCACGUGGCAGUUGUACUGAUUUUUGCAGUGUGCAUGUUACGAACUGUUUUACUUCUUCAUGUUAACUGCACUGUUUUCCAACUUGCACAUUGCACUGCUACAAACCAUGUUAUGUUCAUGCCGUGUGUCCCCCUCUCUCCAGUUCCACAGGAUUGUGCUGAGUUGUGACCCGCUUUACCUGUGUUUAUUCCUAUGUUCCUAUGUGCAUGUUCACCUGUUUGUUGCCAGCCUGCCACAUCCCCAAAAUGUUUCCACCACAGUUUCUGCCAGGAUAUACAGGAGGCCUGGACUUGUGCAUGGCCCAGUACUUACCCCCGAGUGCCUUGGACCUUACCUUGUAGUACUUUAUGGUCCCUGCCUUUAACAGGGAGCUACCAUGAUGUAGUAGGGGUGUUUGUUUGGUGCAUGUUGUUUCUAAUGCUGUCCCCUUCUCUCACUUAACAGCUAAUCUUGCAUGUGGAUGUACUUGCCGGUGGGUGGAGGGAAUUUCUACAUCCUUGAAGAUUCUGCCCCAUUCCUGGAAGGCAGAGCCUUUACCUGCCUAUCCAUGUCUUUAACCCGAAUCUCCCCAGCACUAGGACUCCAUCCUCCUGUCACUGCAGGGGUCCACAGCCUCCCACUCUCCACCCAUGGCUCCAGUUUUGCACAGAGUCAUAUCCAAGACACAUCACCACUUCUUGUUACCAUGAGAGUGGGACAUCCCUUUCACUUCAUUUUAGAUUUAGAAUCUACAUGAAAUCAUUUACGUCUGAAUGUCAGUUGUUUUAAAAGCAGAUUUGCCCCCCUCAAGCAAGUAAGCAAGACCUCAUCAACUUGAGAGGCUAAAUAGCGGAGACAUGUCAUGCCUUGUCAGGUGCCAAUUACUAAAGAGAGAAAUGCAGAACGUUAAUGUGUUUGAUGUUAGAUUUUCCCUUCAAAAUGUGCAAUGCUCACAGUGGAGAGAUCUGGAUUUUUGCCAAGGACACAAACUGUUCAAAACUCCAAAGCUGGUCUCAAAAUUACAGACCUUUGCGUUAUCGAUUAGUUUCUACUUGAAUGUGUAAGAGCAGUGUACAUCCCACAUGACAAAACUUGCCAUUCUUAAGCAGAGCGUUAAUUAAUGUAGGUAAAAGUUUGUUUUGGUUGAUGUAGCUGCCUGCCAGGGAAUGACUCACUGGUACAUCUACAUGAAUGCCAUCAAGAAGCAAAGUUAGUAUGGGCUACCUUGUAAGGUAUUGCUAGUGUUUAGCUUUCCAGUCAGUAUUGCAGUAUUGUACUACCCAUAGGUGCUAGAUAACCCUUACUGGGGUGCAGAAAUAAAGGCAUCUUUCCACCAUUAGGUUCAGAAGUUAGUUAGGGACUUGGAAAUUGCCCAACCUUCUGUUUAGAGUGCCGACAGCUUGUACGAUCACCGCAUCUGCACUUGGUGGCAGGAAUAUGUACAUGUAUAUUGCUACUGUUACGUCAGAAGAUCUAUGCACACUAUAUUGUCCAGGAUAUCUCAUUGUGUGACCCUAUCUGUUAUGCCAUUACUUAUUACAGUCACACGGAGUUACUAUAUGUACUGAUUACAACUAGACAGCCGUAGGGUUAUGUACCUACUGUAGAAAUGCAGCACCAAGACAAAAAGCUAGAUCCUGUAUUUAAAUUAUAUUAUCAAUCUCAAAAAUUUUUGUAUUUAACAUUUGUUGUUUCUGGUGAACUAGCUGUAAACUUGCCUAGUGAAAGUAUGUAUGAUAAAAUAACUUACUUUUUGCCACAGUAUAUCAGGGGUUCGAUUGUAGAAAGCAAAGGCAUAUAAAGUUUUAAUAUUUGCUUCCAUGCAUUGUUAUGCAAAAUACCUAUAUUAGUACAGCUGUUUGCCUUAGUGAUGUACUAUUAUAAAACUGCUGGGGCAUAAGAUUGCUUAUGUUUGAUAGUACAAGAAUAGGUGGGUCUCUUCAUUUUGUAUGAUUGUAGAAAGUGUUGAUUUUGUAGAAGAGCUGAAGAAAUGGAGACAGUAGCAAAUGACAACAGCCAGAAACAUGGAGCGCCACCAUUCUGUAUGCUGUAUUACGACACGUUAAACUAUAUUGAGAUCCUAUUGACAUUAAACUGGACCAUGUCCAUGUACAGACCA